UCGCCCUGGCGUGUCCGUGGGCGGGCCCAGCGGUGAGAAGGCCUUUGUGAGGUCAUCACCCUGCUCCGGGCAGAACUCACAGAUGGAGACGGGGGAGCGCUUCGGCACGGACCGCCAUGCCCCGCUGUGCACACCCGCUCUUUAGAAACAUCGUCAUCAGGAGCCCGUUUGACAACAUCAAGAGGAAGCAAUGCCUCCAGUACCUGAAGAUGCUGAGAGCGCUGCAGUUUGACGGGUUUACGACGGUGUAUCUGGGGGAAACAGAGAUCCCCGAAAGCCUGGCCACGGGGGAGGACUUCAGGGGCGAGCUCUGCGUGCCGAGUCCGAGCUGGUGCGUGGUGCACGCGGGGGGCAGCCAGGGCUGGGUGCCGUGGAGGUACCGGGUGUUCCUGAGAGACGAGCUGAGCGUCCGCCCGGAAGACGGCUUCUUCGCCGAGUUCUGCGAGGUGGUGAAGAAGACCUACGGGAAGUGCGCCAUCGUGGUCAAGGACGCCCGGCGGCCGGAGGCCAGGCCCAAGGAGGACGGGGAGCCCCAGGCCCAGGCCCGCGCCCGGUCCGUCGUCAACCUGACCAGCAUCACCUGCUGCCCCGACGUGGCCCAGGCCUGUGGGCACGAGCUGCUCUGCCUGCCUGCCCCGUACAACUACCUGAACCCGCUGGACCUGGCCUGGUCCGCGCUCAAGUGGUUCAUCAUCAACCACAGGAAGGAGUUCUGCCUCAAGUCCAUCGACAGCCUCUACACGUACCAGUUCCUCCUCCUCAGUGACCUCAUCAGCAAAGGGAUGGAGAGCAUCAGCCCCAGCAAGUGGAGGACCCUCAUCAACAAAGUGCGCAGGUGGGAGAACUACUACCUCAGCAAGUUCUCCUAAGGGCGAGUCCUCGCCGAGCAGCCAGGCUGGGCACAGGCACGGUCGCGGCCCACGGCCUCCCUGGGCUCGACUCCGGACCACGGCGGCCACUGGUGCUCCCACGGCGACCGCGCAGGGACGCCACGCGGACUGCGGCUCCCGGGGGCGUGGGCGAAGGGCUUCGGCUCAGUAAAGCGUCCUGGUAGCUGAGGGGUCUGGACU